AUGCAACGUAGCACUGCACUGUUUGGCUUACCGACUGUGCGCACGGUGGCGGCUACUGGUUGGCGCUACCACAAACAUGGCCGGCCGGAAAAGGUACUGCAGUACGAGCGAUUCCGUAUUCCGUUUGACCGCAACGGGCCGCAGGUGGUUGUGAAGAUGCUCGCAGCGCCAGUGCACCGACACGACCGCAACGUCAUUGCCGGUCAUCACACACCACGAGAAUCAUCCCCAUAUACAUGUGCAACUGCAUGUGCAUCCACAUUUGCAUCUACACAGCCACAACUGCCGCGUGUCGCCGGUGUUGAGGGCGUUGGAGUUGUGGAGGACGUUGGCCGCGGCGCUACGGUGGCGGUGCGGGAAGGCGAUCUUGUGUGGAUCAACAACCCCGCCGUCGGCACGUGGGCAACACACAUUGUAACGGAUGCAGAGAACCUUGACGUUGUACCAAAUCGUGCAGACGUAGAUGUGGAGUAUCUCGCCUCCCUCUCGCUCUUUCAUACUGCAUACCACUUAACAAACAGCUUUGUGAACCUUCAGCCGAAUGAUGUUGUGCUACAGACAGGUGCAUCAUCAUCUGUGGCACAGAUUUGUCAAGGCUACAUUCGUGCACGCGGUGCAAAACUCUUUCAGACCAUGCAAUUAGGACGUACAGAACACGCUCAUCUGGUAGCCUUCUACAAACUUCGUGGGGCGUUUGCCGUUGUGCCGUAUAAUUAUGUGCGCACAAACUAUAUGCGUCGUCUGCUUUCUGAUGUACCACCACCAAAACUACUGUUAAACCAUACAUGUGGUUACUACGCAUCUGGUCUUUUGAAUCUAUUAGGCGAUAAUGGUGUUUGUGUUACGUAUGGUAACACAAGUGGGAAACCAAUGCAGAUUGCCAACAUGGAUGUAAUAGCCCGUGGUAUUCAGUUUAAGGGAUUUUUUCUGCCAAACUGGAUUCGCCGACAUACACGUGAGGCCCGAAUGCGGGUUCACCAAAACGUGAUAGAGAGCAUGACCAUUUCUCAAGGACAUGGUAUAUUCCGUGCUCAACGUUUUAAGAUGGAUGGUGAUAGUCCGUUUGCUUUUAGCAACGCCUGGGAUGCACCGUUGUGUAGCCGCAAACCAAUUCUACGCAUGGUUGGCGAAUACGGCGAAUGGCGUCGGCCGCGCUCUGACCAGGCGGCAUGGAAUAUUGGUCGUGCUGUCUGGGAUGACUUGUUGCAGCAAAUGUGGGAAAGUGCUGGUACAACCGAGAACCCGCAGUCUAUGAAAUAUUAUACACCAUUCAACGAUAUCUAUUCAUCAUUCCAUGACGCGAAGCAGACGAAAGAGAUGGGACAUCGUGACGUCUUCUUUCGUCGGCCCAACGCUCCGCGUCAUAAUGCAGCAGAGAAGGUGUAA